CGAGAGCAAGUAAUUAAGGCAUAUUUUGAGGCUACCGAGGUUGUCCGUCAUAGGAAUGAGGACUGACCUCCAAAUAGUUCCUAGAACGAACUCGGCAAGGGCUGGGGUUGAAGACGUGCUGGUCAGGCUGUUCUCCACUGUGCUGUACUGAGGGGACCUCAAGCUGGCGGGGUUGAUUCAGGAACAGCGAGCCGGUGCCACCAGCGUCAUCCAGCCGCCCCAAGAUCGCCGGACACAGCGCCAAAAUCCGAUCCUAAACACCGCGUCGAGCCCGGGCGAGUGCCAUUCAUUCGCAUUUAUCAGCAGGCUGGGCAUGAUAUUGAUUUGGCAUCAUAAGCCCGCCGUGUGUUCAACAUUGCAAUCAUUUCCUCCACCAUAAAAACCGAGUGCUCUCCCUCCCCUUUACUGUUUGAGAGCUUCAACAUCGCCAGUUGCCCUCGCACGAAGCAACCAAAAUGUCGACAGCGAUUGCAAAGACGAUUGUGGCCACUGGUGCCACCUCAGGCCUGGGCUUCGAGAUGGUCAAGCAGCUCCUCUCGCAGGUGGACCAGCCCUACAGGCUCAUCCUGGGCGCGCGUGACACCGCAAAGGCCCGCACCGACUUCGAUUCUCUGGGCUUCGAUGCCGCUCGACAUAGCCUGACGGUCCUUCCCCUGGAGCUGACGGACCUGGCCGGCGUCCGGACAUUUGCCAAGAAGGCCCUCGAGGAUCUUGGCCGCAGCGACGACGGCCGUCUCGACUAUCUUGUGCUCAACGCCGCCGCCGCAUUUCCGGCCGAAACGGGAGACCCUAAUAGGUCCAAGUGGUGCGACGCGUACACUAUCAACUAUCUAUCCCAACACUACCUGACCCAUCUGCUGCGCGAGAAGCUCGUAGCCUCUCGCUCGCGCAUCGUGGUGGUCUCGACGGGCGCGGUCCAGAACGUCCCUGACCCAUCCACCCUGGCCGACACCCUAAAGCUCGGCUCCGGAGCGACAAGCUGGAAGACGUAUCCCGCCUCCAAGUUCCUGCAGCUGCUCACCGCCCACUGGUGGCGCCGCGAGCUGCACGGUGUCUGCGAUGUGGUCGCCGUAUCGCCGGGCAUGAUCCCAGGCACAGGCCUUGGCCGUGGCGCCGAUUUUAAGGCGCCGGCAAAUGUCAUGUCGUCUGCCAAAUCCAUCCCAACCGGAGCCUCCAGCAUUCUUGAGGCCCUCUUCAGAAAAGACUUCCCGGACGACCCUGACAGGAUCUUCCUGACCAGCUGGGGUGAGUGGUGGCCCGCCAGUGAAAUCAGCGCCUCUCUCGACAAGCAGCUUCAGAACGGGUGGUCUCCAAGCAAGGGGGAAAUUGAGAGGGAGGCGAGCCUGCCAGCAGAGUGAGAUGUAACUUGUGAUGAGGGGGAUAGGGAUGUGUAACCCAUAUUAUAUUUAAGUCAAGCUUCUACGACCCCGGUAGAUAUUUGUACGUAUUUCUGUGUGAUUGCUGGGGUUUGACGGAAACAGAUAUACUACGCUUACAAAACAAAAUCAUGUCUCCGACAAUUUUGCGGGAGGGCGGUAGAAGGUGGUGCGGGGUUCGGAGGGGAGCUGG